CCGAGCCCUCGGCGGUAUAAUAGGAAGCUCGCUCUUCUACCGAGCACGUAGUGUAAACGUUUGGGUAGAAGCGCCGGGCCAGACUGGGCUGGGCUCCUCCUCGCCGCCGGCCAUCCCGGGCCUGCUCUCUCUUCUGGGCGGCGCUGUCAGCAGCGGGGGAGCGCGCCGAUGGGAGUCCAGGGGCUGUGGAAGCUGCUGGAGGGCUCGGGCCGGCAGGUUAGCCCGGAGGCGCUGGAGGGGAAGAUCCUCGCCGUGGAUAUUAGCAUUUGGUUAAACCAAGCACUUAAAGGAGUUCGAGAUCGCCAUGGAAACUCCAUAGAAAAUGCUCACCUUCUCACUUUGUUUCAUCGGCUCUGCAAACUCUUGUUUUUUCGAAUUCGUCCUAUUUUUGUGUUUGAUGGGGAUGCUCCACUGUUGAAGAAACAGACUUUGGCAAAGAGAAGGCAGAGAAAGGACUUAGCAUCCAAUGACUCCAGAAAAACCACAGAGAAGCUUCUGCAAACAUUUUUGAAAAGACAGGCUAUCAAAUCUGCCCUCAAAAGCAAAAGAAAUGAAGCCCUACCCAGUCUUACGGAGGUUCGAAGAGAGGACAUCUAUGCUUUGCCCCCCUUACAAGAGCAAGAAAAACACAGUUCAGAAGAGGAAGAAGAAAAAGAAUGGCAAGAAAGAAUGGAUCAAAAGCAAGCAUUACAGGAAGAGUUCUUUCAUAAUCCUCAAGCAAUAGAUAUCGAGUCUGAGGACUUCAGCAGCUUGCCCCCCGAAGUAAAGCAUGAGAUCUUGACUGAUAUGAAAGAAUUUACCAAGCGAAGAAGAACAUUAUUUGAAGCAAUGCCAGAGGAGUCCAAUGACUUUUCACAGUACCAACUCAAAGGCCUGCUUAAAAAAAACUAUCUAAACCAGCACAUAGAAAAUGUCCAAAAGGAAAUGAGUCAGCAGCACUCAGGACAAAUCCAGAAGCAAUAUGAAGCCGAGGGGGGCUUCUUGAAGGAGGUGGAGUCGAGGAGGGUGGUCUCCGAAGACACCUCGCACUACAUCUUGAUAAAAGGUGUUCAAGCCAGGAAAGUUGCAGCCGUGGAUUCAGAGUCUCUCCGUCCGUCCAGCAGAGGGCACAGCGAGCGUUUCGGCCUCAAGUCGUCUCCUGGUGAGGAAGCAAAGCCAGAGAAGGAGCUGGAGGCCGCGCCGCCCUCCCCGAGGACCCUGCGGGCCCUGCAGGCGGCUCUGCUGGGGAGCAGCGAGGAAGAGGAAGAGGGGCCGGACGGGCGGCGCAGCACGAGCGGAGCCUCGGCCACCGCGGGUGACGGCCCCGUGUCGCCCCGGAGCCUCUCUGCUAUCCAGAGAGCCCUGGACGGGGACGAGGACGGGGACGGGGACCAGGACCUGGACGAGGACGGGCAGCUGCACGCCGGGGGCAGCGCGCAGGCGGCCCAGCCGGCAGAGAGAGCGCAGCUGCGGCUCAUUGGCCGCGAGGCGGGCGGGGAAGGGGCCCUGCGGCCUAUGGUCCUGGCUGCAGCCGGCGGCCCUGGAGGGGAGCCUGUGGCCGGCGGUGGCGGUGGCGGUGGCCGUGGCGGCUCGCAGGCUCCUGUGCAGCCGGCCUCGCCCGCUCAGGCCAGGGUGGGCUCUGCGGCUGAGGGGCGCCCGGGGCCUCCCCUCCGGGAUCCCGGCCAGGGUGCACACAGCGAUGCCCCUGGGCCGGGGCCGGGGCCGGGGCCUCCCUGGAGCCCAGGUCCCGAGUCGGGGCCCACAUGCCGCAGCCGGGAGCCCAGCCCAUCCGCCAGCCGGGGCCGGGCCUCCGCUCUGCCGAGGGACGCCCCGACCGAAGCCGGGCCGGGCCCUUCCUCCCGCAUCCCCGGCGCAGCCGCUUGGCCAGACUCGAGGGACACGGCAAGUGUCGCAUCGCGGGCAGCUGCGAACUUAGAAGACGCAGGGCCGUCCAGCGCCCAGCAGCGCGGACAUUUCCCGGAAACCGUCCAAGAAUGGGAGAAAACUGAACUGGCGGCCCGGGAGUUCAUUUCGGUCCCGGAGUCCUUGGAGCCGGCGGAAAGGGACUCUGAGGAGAGCGAGUCCGACGGGAGUUUCAUUGACGUGCAGAGUGUGGUCAGUGACGAACUUCAGCCUGAAUCGGAUGAAGCUUCUAAACUCCCCGCCAAACCCCAGGAAGAGGAGCCAGGAGGAACUAAGGAGGGAGAACCCACUGGUGACACCCAGAGCCCCCUACAGGUCGCCUCGGAAAGUGAAGCCUCAGGCGUGGAUCCUUGUAAAGAAGAUGAAAAAGAUGCAGAAGACUCGUUCAAUGAAUGGCAAGAUAUUAAUCUGGAGGAGCUGGAAACCCUGGAGAGUGACCUUUUAGCACAACAGAAUUCACUGCACGCACAAAAGCAGCAGCAAGAACGGGUGGCGUCCACUGUCACAGGACAGAUGUUCCUGGAGAGCCAGGAGCUCCUGCGCCUGUUCGGCGUCCCCUACAUCCAGGCGCCCAUGGAAGCCGAGGCGCAGUGCGCCAUCCUGGACCUCACCGAUCAGACCUCGGGAACCAUCACCGAUGACAGUGAUAUCUGGCUCUUCGGCGCACGGCAUGUCUACAAGAACUUUUUUAAUAAAGACAAGUUUGUGGAAUAUUACCAGUAUGUGGACUUUCACAACCAAUUAGGAUUGGACCGGAAUAAAUUAAUAAAUCUGGCCUACCUGCUUGGCAGUGAUUACACGGAAGGAAUUCCAACUGUAGGUUGUGUAACUGCCAUGGAGAUUCUCAAUGAAUUUCCCGGACGUGGCCUGGACCCCCUUCUGAAAUUCUCAGAGUGGUGGCAGGAAGCUCAGAAGAAUCGGAAAGUAAGACCCAACCCUAACGACACCAAAGUGAAGAAGCAGCUGCGGAAGUUGCAGCUCACACCUGGCUUUCCCAACCCUGCGGUCGCUGAGGCUUACCUCAGACCUGUGGUGGACGACUCAAAGGGCGCCUUUCUGUGGGGCAAACCCGACCUUGACAAAAUCAGAGAGUUUUGUCAGCGGUAUUUCGGCUGGAGCAGGACUAAGACAGAUGAGUCUCUGUCUCCGGUAUUGAAGCAACUGAGUGCCCAGCAGACACAGCUCCGAAUUGAUUCUUUCUUUAGAAUAGCUCAACAGGAGAAACAAGAUGCUAAACGCAUUAAAAGCCAGAGAUUAAACAGAGCUGUGACAUGUAUACUGAGGAAGGAGAGGGAAGAAGCAGCCAGUGAGAUAGAAGCAGCUUCUGUUGCUAUGGAGAAAGAGCCUGAGAUCUUUGGUGAAGUAAAAGAAAAAACUCAGAAGAGAAACCAAGCACAGAAAUCAAAAGAGGCAUCAAGUAUGAAAAGAAAGCCGCUUUCAGAAUCUGAACAAGAGAGUAAAUGUGGCGGGUUUCUGGGGGAGACCUACUUCUCAGAAUCGCCUGAUGCAUCUUCCAAUGAAGAUGCUGGAAGUUUAUCUUUGGGGAACAUACGAAGGAGAAAAGAAGCUAAAGACUCAAAAAUCAGCUCUUCAGAUUUUCAGGACCCAGUUCAAGAAGCUCCCGUGCAGGAAUGGGGUGAAACCAUCAGCAGCUCUAGUGACGAUGAUGGAGAGAAGCCCAAGGCUGUCCUGGUGACUGCCAGACCUGUGUUUGGGAAGAGAAAGAGGAAACUGAGACAUGCAAGAGGAAGAAAAUGGAAAACCUAAUUCGAAAAUAUGUAUUCUCUAUGAUUAUGUGGAACAUUUUGUAAUGAAUUUUGUUGUGAAGACAUUAUAAAAUUAAAUAUAUUUGUACAGUCUUUGUAUUUAGCGUGUGAUAUAAAAAAUAGAUGCAAAACUUGACACUUA